GAAAACGAGUUUCCCAACAUUCCUGACAGCGUAAACACCACAUCUAUCGGCCAGGUGUUAUAAGGAUACACGGUUGUUUCUAACAAGAGCCUUUCUUCCAUUGUUUCAUCUGGCCUUGAUACUGCUCUAUCAGGCUGUGAUUAGAGGUGAUGCGGAAAUAUCCCAUAGAUGAGAAGUCUGCAGAGUAUUUUCUGCGCCAAGCAUCGCAGAUAGGAGAUGCAGAUAUAGUGAAACAAGCCCUGGACUACGUUCAGGAAGUUAAUGUCGUCGACAAG